AUGACCGAUAUACCUCCGAAUUCUUCAAUCGAUAUUCGUGCACACGUUCUCUAUGAUAAUUAUCAACGUAUUUCUACUGAAAAAUCGUAUGAAAAUUAUAAGAAACUGUGUGAAACAAUGGGAGAAGAAGCGAUUUGUUAUGAAGAAUAUGAAUCUUUGUUCAAUAAAUACCUCGAAGAAAGCUACUAUACUGCCAAAGAUAAAAGUUCCAGAGGACUCCUGAUUCCUGACAUUCGUGGAUGCAUUCUCUCCGAUGUCAAUGGAAAACGUGCUGAAAAAUCAAUAGAUGAUUUGUGUGAUGCAUUCAAAAAUCAGAAAAUCGAUAAGGAAGAUCAUGAUUAUUGGUUCAACCGUUUUGACAGCGGACACUUAUUCAGUCGUGUUACAUUCUCCGAUUUCCCAGAAGAUGUCAUCGCUGAAAUUGUUGAGAGAUGUGAUAUCAAGUCAUAUUUGAAUCUCCGAAACGUUUCAUAUGGACUUCGAACCGUCGUAGAUCAGAUGGCGCCUCCCUGCACUGAUAUUAAAGUGACUUGUCGAAAUGAGUGGGUGCACGUCCAUAUAAAUGAUGCACGUAUCGCAGACUCCAGAUGUUUUGAUAUAUUGGAACUUUUGCUGAAAAAUCCGAAACGCAAACUGAAAUGGUUUCAGUUCAUGACGAAUCCAUAUUUUCGAGAAAUCCCAACUCGAAACCACAAACAAGACUUCUUCAAUUUCCUCAACUCAUUGGAUCACAAAAUUCACGUUAAAGAAUGUAUGAUGUGCGUGGAUAACGAAAAAGAUUUGAUUGGAGUUUUGAAAUGUUUGAAGCCUGGAACACUUGAAAAACUGAAUAUCGAUAUAGAAUUGAACGGUAGAAUUAACGAAGUCAUGAAUAUGGAUCAAUGGAAACUGGCGAAACACAUGGAAAUCCACACCUACGAGUUGCCUCCAGUCGAGAAUUUCUUUCAUUUUUCAACUUUCGAAUUGGGAAUUGAAUCGAUUACUCUAGAAAAUAUGGUCAAGCUAUUCGAUAAUGCAUCCAAAUCGAUCAACUUCGAAGCGUUUACUCUGAAAACUAUGAACGAUAUAAAUACAGAAGAAGUUAAGAGAGUUCUGAAUCUUCAGCCAACUUCCUCUCGUUGUUUUUACUCAAUUCCAAAUACAAAUUUGAUCGUUAAAUUCAACCGUUGGAAUUCGAAUUGGCUCGGAGUCCGCAAAAAUUAG